AGGCUGCAGCCGUGCUGUGAUUAAUUUUGACAACAACAAUUUAUAACAUUAGAACUAAAAAUAAAAAAACGCUAAACUGUAAAAGUUUUGGUUGGUAGAACUACAAAAGUAUAGUGUUUCCAGUUUUGCGGACGUUUGCCAAUUUUUGACUGAUUUUCCCUGAUAACAGGCAAACUGGAAAACAUAUUUUUAUCAACAGAAGUAGUGUAUGACGCUCAUGCUCCGGGAAACCGUAACUGUGGCCAGCUGUCUACGACUGACUCUUCCUCUUAUUAGUCUUGCCAUUUGGUUCAGAUUCAGAAUCCUGGAUGUGCCAGUUCCUACUAACAGAAAAACCUAGGAUAAUUUUUCCCUUUAAAGAUUCAAGUUGAUUGAUGAUCCCGUACGGUAACUGUUGUUGUAACAAGAGUGCUUAAACCAUUCCGACAAUGAGUGCAAGUGCCAGUCAGUCAGUAUUUCACAUUGGAGAUGUGAAAACUCCGCUCGGAAUCCAGACGUUUUUAUCCGCAGACUCUCUUGGAUCAUCGGUCUAUGAUCAGUCGCUGAAGAAGGACGCUGUAUACUGGCCGAUUAAUACGUUUGCGCUUUUGUUUUCUCAGGCGAUUGAUUAUUAUCAGCAUCGUGUCGAUACCGUGCGCCAGCUGGAAGAGAGGUUGUCUGCUCUUGGCGCACAGGUUGGCUCGCGAAUGUUGGAUCACUUUAUGUAUAACCACCAGAAGACCAAGCGCGAGCAACGCGUAUUAGCAAUGCUUGUGCUGGUGAAGGGGCCUCUAUGGAAAUAUUUGUUUGGCAAGGAUGCCGACCAGUUGGAGCAGUCGAAUGAAGCCGAGGGGACAUAUUACAUUAUUGAGAAAGAUGCUGUAACCAAUCGGUACAUUUCCGCUUCGAUUACAAAAGAGAAAUCCACUACGGUGGAGCGAAAUUGUGGAGCUUUCCUGGCUGGUUUGGUACAGAGUUUCUUAACAGAUUCUGGAUUUGCAUGUGUUGUCAAUGCACAUGCACAUAAAGGAACGACUCUGGUGGUUGAUUUUGACAAAGCUGUUAUUGCCAGAGAAAAAACUUUAGAAUCCACAAAAUGAUUGACAUUCGGAGAAACUAUUACUCGUACAGAGCAUGCGUUUUCAGCCGAACCAAAUGUUUUUUGCUCUUCGAAUAUUGUGAUUGAGUUUUGUGUUUACUAAAAAAAUUGUGAAACUUAUGUGUGGUUUGGUGCUGUUCUGGCGCAAGUGUUACUUGUAUCGCAUUUUGGGAAUACAUCAUUCACUAAUUUAAAAAAUGUACAUCAUUAUUUUUAGUUAUCUAUAAUACAGUUUUGUUAAGUACUGUAAUUUAUUCAAUCUUUCUGUCACAUACAAGUUACUUGAAGCAAAGCAAAGCACCCAUUGACCGCCGCGAAUAC